AUGGUGGGUGCUGGUGCUGCUGUGUCAGUAGAACAGGAAUGUGGACAAGCUUCUCCUUGUGAGGCUGAGCUUCAGGAAUUAAUGGAACAAAUUGACAUCAUGGUAAGCAACAAGAAAUUGGAUUGGGAAAGAAAGAUGAGGGCUUUGGAGACACGAUUAGAUCUUCGGGAUCAAGAGUUGGCAAAUGCACAAACUUGUUUGGAUCAGAAAGGUCAAGAGGUGGGAUUACUUCGACAGAAGUUGGACAGUCUGGAAAAAUGUAAUUUAGCAAUGACUCAGAAUUAUGAAGGACAACUACAAACCCUAAAAGCUCAAUUUUCCAAACUAACAAAUAGCUUUGAGAAACUGAGAUUACAUCAGAUGAAACAAAACAAAGUUCACCGAAAAGAAAUACCUCAUAAAGAAGAAGUGCCCUUUGAACUGAGCAAUUUAAACCAAAAAUUAGAGGAAUUUAGAGCAAAGUCAAGAGAAUGGGACAAGCAAGAGAUAUUGUAUCAGACUCAUCUGGUUUCUUUAGAUGCUCAACAAAAAUUAUUAUCUGAGAAGUGUAAUCAAUUUCAGAAACAGGCACAAAAUUACCAAACUCAACUAAAUGGUAAAAAACAGAGCAUAGAAGGCAGCAGCUCUGAAAUUCCUAACUUGUUAUGUGAAUCAGAUACCAGUUGUGAAACCACUGAAAGAGAUGAAUUCAUUAUUGAAAAAUUAAAAUCAGCUGUGAGUGAAAUAGCAUUAAGCAGGAAUAAAUUACAAGAUGAAAAUCAGAAGCUCUUACAAGAACUGAAAAUGUACCAAAGACAGUGCCAGGCCAUGGAAGCAGGACUCUCAGAAGUGAAAAAUGAGUUACAGUCACGUGAUGAUCUCUUGAGGAUUAUAGAAAUGGAAAGAUUGCAGUUACACAGAGAAUUAUUAAAAAUAGGAGAAUGCCAAAAUGCUCAAGAAAAUAAAAAAAGACUUGAACCAUCUUAUUCACCUUCUACUAAAGAACCAGAAAGGAAAAGGAAAGAGAUGUUUCCAGUGGUCCCAGAACAAUCAAAUCAUGAAAAAGAAUUAACUAAGAUAAGAAGCCAGCUCUAUCCAGAGGAAGAGUUCCACAGCUCUGAGCAGGAAAGAAUGAGGAAUGAAAUCUCUGACUUAACAGAGGAGCUUCAUCAGAAGGAGAUCACUAUAGCAACUGUCAUGAAGAAAGCUGCCCUUUUGGAAAGACAGCUAAAGAUGGAGUUAGAAAUAAAAGAAAAAAUGUUAGCAAAGCAACAGGUCUCAGAUAUGAGAUAUAAAGCUAUCAGAACAGAAAACACACAUCUAAAAGGAAUGAUGGGAGAUUUAGACCCUGGGCAAUAUAUGAGUGUGGACUUCACUAACAGGGAACAUUCAAGGCAUACAUCCAUUAACAAACUGGAAUAUGAAAACGAAAGGCUUCGAAGUGAUCUUGCAAAACUUCAAAUCAAUGGAAAAUCAGCAUGGUCUAAUCAAAAUACCUAUGAAGAAACAGGAAGAUACGCCUAUCAAAACCAAAUAAAAAUGGAAAAAAAUGAAGAUAGACUUAGCCAAGAUCAUGAACCAAAUAGAAGUACCACGCCUCCAAUGCCACCUUUGACAUUUCGAACCAAAGAAAUGGCAAGUCCUUUGGUUAGUGAUGAUGAAGUAUUCCCAUUGUCUCCCCCAGAUAUCUCCUUCCCUGCUUCUUUGGCUGCACAGCAUUUCCUUAUGGAAGAAGAGAAGCGAGCAAAAGAACUUGAAAAGCUUCUAAAUACACAUAUUGAUGAACUGCAAAGACAUACAGAAUUUACUCUUAAUAAAUACACCAAACUAAAACAAAAUAGACAUAUAUGAGCUUUUAAACUUUUUUAUUUGCUCCCCAACCCCAAGAAAAAAAAGCUCUGGCAAAAUAUUUACAAAGCUGAGUACUGGAGCUAAGAAAUUUUGUUCUAUUUUCUUGAGUAAAUAAUUUCUGUAAGGCAGCUAGAAAAUAGCAUUUUGUUUGAUAAAGCUGUUUGUAUUUCUGAAUUAACAUACUAAAUUGUUCUGCUAUAGAAUUGCUAUAAAAUAAACAUGACUACUCCAAAAGAGAAUUUUUUUCUAGUCUGAGGAAUAGUUUGGAGUUAAAAAUUCAAUUUUUCCCACCUGAAUCAUGUAUACUAAAAACCCAUUUCCUCUUUAACAACAUAAAAUGAGAGAAAAGGAAGUGCUAUAUUUCAAAUAUCAAUGAAUCAAGUGCAGCUCAGUUGUACUAGGUGUGAACUCAAGGAUUUUUUUUAAAUGAAAAAAAUAUGUAAAUAUUUUGAACUAUGUAAACAUCGUAAGACUUCUUUUAGGGAAAAAAAAAAGAUAUAGCUGUAUUGUUUUUACACUUACCUUUGUAAUGUCUGGUUUAAUACCAUAAAGGACAUAGAAUGUGCAGUAUACACACUUAAAAUAUGUGUCAGAGAUCAAUGCUUUCCUGUUACUUCAUAAACAUGAAUAAGAAAAAAAACAAAUAUAAAUCAAUACUGUUUCUACAUUCUCCUUUGUAAUCACCUGUUUUUAAUUAAUAAAGAAAUUCAAAUUCA